AUGGUUUUAGAAAGCAAGUAUCAGCUGCCAUUCAAGCUCAGCAACCCGGACUUGCUUCAUAAUCUCUCAUAUGUCAACGGCGAGUGGGUACGAGCAAAGUCUGGAAGAACUUUUGAAGUAGUUGACCCUGGGACCGGAAAGCCAUGGAUCGAGUGCCCGACAAACGACGCAUCUGAUGUAGACGAUGCGGUCAAGAGCUCGCAUGAAUGCUUUCAGCAGUACAAGAAGAUCAGCCCUCGACAGCGCGCGCAGAUGCUGCACAAAUGGGAUGCCCUCAUCAAGGAGAACAGGGAAGACAUUGCAACCAUGCUAGUAUAUGAAACUGGAAAACCCAGGUCUGAGGCCUAUGGCGAGAUCGACUACUCUACAGGGUUCACAUGGUGGUUCGCCGGAGAAGCUGAACGGAUCCAGGGAACCGUCUUCACACCGGCUUUGGCGAAUCGACGCAUAUUCACUAUUAAACAGCCUCUCGGUGUCGCUGUAGCGUUGGUGCCAUGGAACUUCCCCAUUGCGAUGAUAUUGAGAAAGGCAGGCGCAGCAUUGGCCGCGGGCUGCACGAUGGUUGUGAAGCCCAGCCCAGAGACACCCAUUACGGUACUCACAUUGGCAUAUCUCGCUCAAAAGGCUGGAUUUCCAAAGGGGGCGCUGAACGUCUUGACUACAGAUCUGGACAAGACCCCUGAACUAAGCGAAGCACUUUGUCGACACCCCCUUGUGAACAAGGUCACUUUUACAGGCUCAACGCGCGUUGGCAAACUGGUUGCUAAGAUUUGCGCCGAUAAUCUGAAGAAAGUCACAUUGGAGCUAGGGGGCAACUGUCCUGUUUUGGUGUUCGAUGAUGCGAGCAUCGAACAAGCAGUGAGCCAGAUCUUUGCUCUGAAGUACCGUCAUGCUGGUCAGGCUUGUAUAACCGCGAACCGGAUCUAUGUUCAGUCUGGCAUCUUUGACAAGUUCCUCGAGCGCUGGAAUGCGGAGACGCAAAAGAUUGUCGUCGGUCACGGCUCCGACGAGAAAACUACAAUGGGCCCAGUUACUACGCCGCGGGGUGUAGAGAAGGCGCUUGCUCUUGUUGAGGACGCGAAAAAGAAAGGCGCGAAGAUUCACACUGGUGGCAACACGAUUGAAAAGGAUGGCGGAUACUUCUUCGAGCCUACCAUCAUCUCUGGAGUUACAUCAGACAUGGAUAUUGCGAAUGAAGAGGCAUUUGCUCCGAUCAGUACGUUCAUCAAGUUUGAGACGGAAGAUGAAGCGGUGAAGGCAGCGAACGACACUAGCAUGGGCCUUGCUUCUUACUGCUUCACGAAGAAUGUUGAUCGCACGUGGAGGCUAUUCGAGAGUCUAGAGGCGGGUAUGAUCGGACUAAAUACGGGUAAUUCGUCUGCGGCAGAGUCGCCAUUUGGUGGCAUCAAACAGAGUGGUUAUGGCAAGGAGUCUGGAAAGGACGUGGCUGUCAAUGAGUACCUGAUCACUAAGACUGGCACUUUCACGCUCGAGGAGCAAUCCUGA